AUGUCGUCAAAUACGCAAAGUUUACCUCUACAUUUCGGCUAUCCUCCACCCGACCUACGUCAGAGUUCACCUCUACAUUUCGGCUAUCCUCCACCCGACCUACGUCAGAGUUUACCACUACAUUUCGGCUAUCCUCCACCCGACCUACGUCAGAGUUUACCUCUACAUUUCGGCUAUCCUCCACCCGACCUACGUCAGACUUUACCUCUACAUUUCGGCUAUCAUCCACCCGACCUACGUCAGAGUUCACCACUACAUUUCGGCUAUCCUCCACCCGACCUACGUCAGAGUUCACCACUACAUUUCGGCUAUCCUCCACCCGACCUACGUCAGAGUUUACCUCUACAUUUCGGCUAUCCUCCACCCGACCUACGUCAGAGUUUACCUCUACAUUUCGGCUAUCCUCCACCCGACCUACGUCAGAGUUUACCUCUACAUUUCGGCUAUCCUCCACCCGACCUACGUCAGAGUUCACCACUACAUUUCGGCUAUCCUCCACCCGACCUACGUCAGAGUUUACCUCUACAUUUCGGCUAUCCUCCACCCGACCUACGUCAGACUUUACCUCUACAUUUCGGCUAUCAUCCACCCGACCUACGUCAGAGUUCACCACUACAUUUCGGCUAUCCUCCACCCGACCUACGUCAGAGUUCACCACUACAUUUCGGCUAUCCUCCACCCGACCUACGUCAGAGUUUACCUCUACAUUUCGGCUAUCCUCCACCCGACCUACGUCAGAGUUUACCUCUACAUUUCGGCUAUCCUCCACCCGACCUACGUCAGAGUUUACCUCUACAUUUCGGCUAUCCUCCACCCGACCUACGUCAGAGUUCACCACUACAUUUCGGCUAUCCUCCACCCGACCUACGUCAGACUUUACCUCUACAUUUCGGCUAUCCUCCACCUGACCUACGUCAGAGUUCACCACUACAUUUCGGCUAUCCUCCACCCGACCUACGUCAGAGUUUACCUCUACAUUUCGGCUAUCCUCCACCCGACCUACGUGAGAGUUCACCUCUACAUUUCGGCUAUCAUCCACCCGACCUACGUCAGAGUUCACCACUACAUUUCGGCUAUCCUCCACCCGACCUACGUCAGAGUUCACCACUACAUUUCGGCUAUCCUCAAUCAGACCUAAUCACCUUACCCACCCCUAAACCAAACCUUACCUCUGUUGUUGUGAUUGGUGAUUUGGAUUUCUAA